AUGGCUGACAACGACCUUCGAAAAACAAUCGCUGAAUUGAAGAAUGAAUCAAACUGGAAUUUAAAUGCUCAAAAUUUGACCGAUGAAGAUAUAAAAUUGCUUGCAAAUGAAUUGAAAUCAAACGAAGACUGUCAUGUACUUCAUCUUCAUUUAAAUUUCAUUACUGAUCAUGGAAUUGGUUAUCUUGCUGAAAUGUUAGCAAUAAACAACACAAUCACAGAUUUAUAUUUGGGGGCGAAUAAUUUCGGUGAUAGUGGAGUGAUGAAAUUAUGUGAAGUGUUGAUGGAUCAGAACAAAACACUUGUAGUUAUUGAUUUAACAUUUAAUCAAAUUACAGAUAGUUCGAUCGAUUUCAUCAUGAAUAUGUUGAAAAGAAAUCAAUCAAUAAAGGGAUUUAUGCUUAUUGGAAAUCCAAUGUCGGAAGAAAGCAAAGACAAAUUACGCAGUACAGCUGAAGUGAGAAACAUUCGCCUGGGCGUCGAUUUCUAA